AAUUGGGUGGCGAUCAUAUAAAAAAGCUCUGCUCGACCAAAAUCAGUUAUCAGUCAACGUUCGUUCUCAACCAGACAGAAAUCAGCCAAAAUGUUUAAGUUUGUGAUGAUCUGCGCAGUUUUCGGCCUGGCGGUGGCCAAUCCCCCAGUGCCCCAUUCCGUAGGACGUUCCGAGGAUGUCCACGCCGAUGUCCUUUCCCGAUCCGAUGACGUUCGUGCCGAUGGAUUCGACACCAGUCUGCACACCUCCAACGGAAUCGAGCAGGCCGCCAGCGGUGAUGUCCAUGGCAACAUCCACGGCAACUUCGGAUGGAUCUCCCCCGAGGGCGAUCACGUGGACGUCAAGUACGUGGCUGAUGAGAACGGAUACCAGCCCUCGGGAGCCUGGAUCCCCACUCCUCCUCCAAUCCCAGAGGCCAUUGCCCGCGCCCUUGUCUGGCUGCAGUCCCACCCCCCAGCACCCGAGCAUCCCCGUCAUCACUAGGACUCGUCACCCGGAUCCCGGACCACUCCACGGACUGUUCU